AGUGCAGUUUACGCCAUUAAUCUUCUUCUUUCUCUAUGGAUAUUCAAGACAAGUUUAUUGAGAAUGAUAAUCUAAAUCUUCACUUUAAACAACAGCAGCACCAAGAUCUUUCUUUUUCCUUCUUUCCCUUUUCUCCUACUUUAUUCGACAAUGAUGAUUAUGGGUUCUUUCCACAUCACCACCAUGAUCUACUUGUAUCUCACUGCUGGCCGGUAAAUAACCCUAGUACUGCUUCAACUGCAACAGAAUCAGUAGCAGCACAUCAACAUCAACUGGAUCUUUUGGCGGCAGUAACUAAUAACAAAGCAGAAGUUUCCCUAAAUGAUAUUAAAAAUGAUGAUGGUUUUGCCAUCAGUAUCCUUGAUCCUUCAAACAAAGUCAUUUCCGAUAGUAAGAUAAAUAAUAUUACUACAAAGAACACUUCAACUAAGAGGAGUUCAAGAGAGAGAUCUCCUGGGAAGAAAGAUCGUCACAGCAAGAUCGUUACGGCUCAAGGUCCGAGAAAUCGGAGAAUGAGACUAUCCGUGGACAUUGCCAGGAAAUUCUUUGAUCUUCAAGAGAUGCUCGGUGUCGACAAAGCAAGCAAAACACUUGAGUGGCUGUUGAACAAAUCUAAGCCUGCUAUCAAGGAGAUCAUGAAGAUAAGCACCAUCCGGAAGAGUGUGAAUGAUGGUGGUUCUGCAAAGGAGUCCAAUAUUUCCACAGCAUCGGAAAUACUGUCAGAGACUGAGAGAAUGGCACCUGCACAUCAAAAUCGGACAUUUCCUGAAAAAAAACCCUCAAAACAUGGUAACAAAGAAAAACAGAUAAGACAGCAAUCAUGUAAAGCUACAUUCCAACCUCUUGCACGAGAACUAAGAGUAAAUGCAAGAGCAAGGGCAAGGGAGAGGACAAUCCAGAAGAGGAUGAAUCAACGUCUUCAAGAACUGAAAAAAUGUAUUCAAGGUAAAACUCAAAGGUAAACCCAAAAACAAAAUUAGGGCUUUCUAUAUGGUUGGAGAAUCAGAUCCCCUCAGCCACGCCAUGAAAUCUUUCAUUGAAGUACAAAAGCCUAUAUUUAAAUCCGGAGCAUCCAGGGUUAUCGUAGACGACAGCAACAACGUGAAGUCAAGUCCAACCUCCGGUUUCAACAAUCACACCUAUAUUGGUUUUAUACUGUUAGUUCACAUUUUCAAGAAAACGGGAAUGUUAUUGAUAGGCAACGCACAUUCUCAAGCUGUUAUAUCAUGCUCAGCAUGCAUUUCUCAGCAACAGGUGCUGU